UGCGCGGCAGCUGGGACGCCGGACCGCGGCUGCUGCUGGCAUGGCGGAGGCGCGGCCCGGCUCAGGUACAUUGAAUUUCAGUCCUGAUGCUGCUGAUUCCAUUCCUGGAGAAAGACAACCUACAGAUACAAACUGGGUAAAUAAAGAUAGAAAAGACUCUAACAGUAAUCAGAAUCGAAGUAAUAUACCAAUUCCUGGUCUUUCUUCUGAAAGAAGUACAGAUUAUGAAAGCUCUUCUACAAAGCAUCGUGGCCUUUGUAAUCCUGAAAGUCAGUAUGGGAAUUCUGAAGACUUCCACCAAUAUUUUGGUACCAGUAAAAGUCUGAAGAAUCGCAGUUUGCAAAGUCAGAGAUUGCACAGAUUAAGAAAUGAUAGCACAUGUGCUAGAAAUAAGAUAAGGCAAAGUACUACUGAUGCUGCUACAGGUCCAGGAAUUUCAGAUGCUGCACUAGUACCUGGUAGAAGAGCACCUCCUAGAGGAUACAGCGAUUUUCUCUCCUCAGAGAGCGACAGGGAGGUACCUAAUGCAGAUAGCAGAGGGGCAAAGCCGAAGAAAACACAUCUGAUGCAUACAUCUGGGAGAGGUUUCAGGGAAAAGGGAAAGCAGGUACAUGACCGUGAAAAGCGAGUGAGCUCUAAACAGAAAGUAGAGUUGUUUGAAAAUUUUCCGUCUUUGGAUUUGACACAAUCUGACUCUUCAGAAUCAUCUGUUGGAAAGGCAUUCUGUGAUGCACCUUUUGGAAGUGGGGAUGAGCAAAAAGGCUACAAUAAUGUAAACAAAAGAUAUCCCCGGAAGCCUGUGUGGAAUAAACCCCCAGCAGAAAAGGAUUGUCAGAAAAGACAUGAUUCUCACCGUGGUAAAAAUACAAAAGUAGGUAAGAAGUCUUCUGUUGCAUAUACCCCAAAAGAUAAAAAUGAAAGGAAGAAAGAACUCGCUGCUCACAAAAAUGAUGAAAAUUUGACCAGUGAAAUCAGACAUCAGAUGUCUGAGUCUCUCAGGUUCAGUGGAAGAAAGUUCCUGCUAAAGGGCGAUCAAGUACCUUCACUUCAUUUCAGCUGGACCCAGUACUGGAAAAAGCAAAGUGAUGUACCAAAAAACAAAGAAACUCAUACGGGGUCAUUGAUUGAACAACUGACCACAGAGAAGUAUGAGUGCAUGGUGUGCUGUGAGGUGGUCCGAAUAGUAGCCCCAGUGUGGAGCUGUCAGAAUUGUUACCAUGUAUUCCACCUGAAUUGCAUCAAGAAGUGGGCACGAUCACCAGCCUCACAAGCUGAAGAUGGCAAUAGCGGUUGGAGAUGUCCAGCUUGUCAGAAUGCUUCUGUGCAAGUACCUAAAACUUACACUUGUUUCUGUGGUAAGGUGCACAAUCCUGAAUGGAAUAGAAAUGAGAUCCCACAUAGCUGCGGGGAACUUUGUGGAAAGAAGAGGCAGGGUUUGGACUGUCCACAUCUUUGCAACAUUCUGUGCCACCCAGGACCUUGCCCUUCAUGCCCAGCCUUUGUGACAAAAACAUGUGAAUGUGGACAAACAAGUCAUUCAGUUCGCUGUGGCCAGUCAACAAAAAUUCAUUGUUCUAAUGUAUGUGGAAAUACUUUAAACUGUGGAAAGCACAGCUGUACUCAAGUGUGCCAUGCAGGAAAAUGUUCACCUUGCCAGUUAACAGUACAGCAAGUAUGUUACUGUGGAAGCAACUUUAAAGAAGUAUUGUGUGGAUCAAAGGAAGAGUUCUCUGAUGGUUUCGGAAGUUUCUCAUGUCAGAAUAUAUGUGGCAAGAAAUUAAAUUGUGGGAGGCACAACUGUAAGCAGAUAUGCCAUCCUCAACCUUGCCAGCUCUGUCCACGACUUCCACAAGUUGUAUAUCGUUGUCCCUGUGGUCAGACUCCUCUCAGCAAGUUACUGGAACUAGGAUGUGUUGAACGUAAAAUUUGCACAGAUCCUAUCCCAUCGUGUGGAAAAACGUGUGGGAAACCUCUGUCUUGUGGUAGCUAUGAGUUCAUUCACACAUGUGAAAGCCUUUGCCACGAAGGAGACUGUAAACCGUGUUCUCACACAUCGAAUAUUUAUUGUAGGUGUGGCUUCAAAAAAAAGGAAAUCCCAUGUGCUCUUCUCAGAAAUAAAGCUGCUAUUACAUUCAUGUGUGACAAGCGAUGCAACAAGAAGAGAUCGUGUGGACGACACAAGUGUAAUGAAGUUUGCUGUGUGGACACAGAACAUAAGUGCUCUUUGGUUUGUGGUCGUAAACUCAACUGUGGGCUUCAUAGAUGUGAAGAACCCUGCCAUCGGGGCAGUUGUCAAACAUGCUGGCAAACAAGUUUUGAUGAGUUAACUUGUUAUUGUGGUGAAUCUGUGAUUUACCCCCCGGUUCCCUGUGGCACUCAGCCACCAGAGUGUAAAAAAGCAUGCACCAGGCCACAUGACUGCGAUCAUCCAGUGUACCAUUCAUGUCAUAGUGAGGAGAAAUGUCCCCCCUGUACCUAUCUCACUCAGAAAUGGUGUAUGGGCAAGCAUGAACUGCGAAGUAAUAUUCCUUGUCAUCUCACUGACAUUUCCUGUGGACUUCGCUGCAAUCAGAUGUUAAAAUGUGGAAUGCACAAAUGUAAAAGAAUCUGUCAUAAAGGGGAGUGUCUUAUAGAUGAGGAGUGUAAACAACCAUGUAUUAUUCCAAGGCUAUAUUGUAAUCAUCCGUGUAUGGCUCCGUGUCAUCCUUCUUCACCCUGCCCAACAACAUCCUGCUCUGCAAAGGUUGAACUUCAGUGUGAAUGUGGAAGAAGAAAGGAGAGUAUGAUCUGCUCAGAAGCAUCCAAUACAUAUCAAAGAAUAGCUGCGAUAUCUAUAGCAACUAAGCUAACAGAUCUACAGCUUGGGGAUUCAGUGGAAAUCAGUAGGCUUAUUACGAAAAAAGAAAUGAAGCAGGCCAGGUUGCAAUGUGACGAAGAAUGCUUAGCUCUUCAGAGGAACAGGCGCCUUGCUGAAGCUCUUGAAAUAGAUGAUAAUUCUGAUCCUUUUAAUAUCCGUUCUUCUGGACCAAAGUACAGUGACCUUUUAAAAGAAGAUGCAAGGAAGGAUAUAAAAUUUGUCAGUGACAUUGAGAAGGAAAUGAGAAUGCUUGUGGAAGCUGUGAAUAAGGGCAAGCAUACAAAGAAGAGUCAUUGUUACCCACCAAUGAACAGAGAUCACCGCAGAAUCAUCCAUGAAUUAGCUCAGGUUUAUGGCAUUGAAAGUGUGAGCUAUGACAACGAACCAAAGCGCAAUGUUGUUAUCACUGCAGUGAAAGGGAAAUCCAUUUGUCCAAGCAAUACCUUAACUUCUGUGAUAGAUAAAGAAAUGCAGAGCAGGCCUGCACCUCCUCUUCCUCAUUACAAACAAACAGAUAAGAGUAGUGGAAACAGUGGUUUAUCCAAACCACUGAAGGAAGAGCCAGUAAUUGACUACUUUGAUGUCCAGGACUGAAGUGAUUGAUGUACAAUCAAUCAGAUGAAUCAGAAUCACAUAGAUUAUGAUACAGAAGCUUGAGGUGAAAAUACUAAGUUAUUGUGUGAGGUGCUUUUGGAUUAUCUGUCAAAUGAUCAGUUGUUCAACAUAUUCAUAAUCUAACAUCUAAAGUUAGAUUGAUAUGCUAGUUUAAAAAGUGAAGCAUUUCAACAGUUUAUGUAACUGCAUAAUACCUAACAGUAGUAUGGCUUUUUAAAUUUGGGUUUGGUGCAAUUUUGUAUCUAAUGUGCUGUCAAAAUAAUGUAGAUUUUCAUUAAUGACUUUGAAGUGAGAGAACUGGUGGUAAGCAAAUAUAUUUUUUGAAUAUUAAGAACAAUAAAUCUCAAAUAUUUAUUUUGAUGUAUCUCACACAGCUUAAAAUGGACUAGAAAAAAAUCUGUGAUAAAAACACUGGUUGGAAUAUUCUUAAAGUAUUUUCAUGUUUUAUUAAUUCACUUUUGUGUUAUUGUAGUAAAUUUGAGAAUUUGAGUUACUCUUCUACAUGGAAAGAAAUACAAAAUUUAAGUAUAAACAUGUACGUGAAUGCCUAUUAAGAGCACAUACUUGCUUUGGAAUCUGAAGAAGGGGAAGGUGGGGAAUUAAAACUUACUCUAAUUUAUCUCAAAUUUGAUGUGUUUAAAAAGAAAAACAAACAAGAAUAAAGGAAAAAACCCAAACCGAGCAACAACAAAACCAAUCCCACAACAUGACAUUACUAAUAUUACUACUGCUACUUUUUUAUUCAAGACCUUGAACAAAAUCAGACUUCAUGUAUUACUUUGGUGUUCUGUGCAUGGUUUUAUUGUGGUUUAUAUUUUUUUUCUGUACAGUGCAAACUUAUGAUGAAUGUGUCAAAUUUGGUUUAAGUAUGUUUUGGAUUUGGAAUAAUACUUGUAAAAUUUAUAAGACCAUCUACCUAAACUAUUUGGCAAUGGAAGAUCUUUGUUUUAUGGAAAAUGCCAUUAACAAAAUGGGAUGACAGUUGAAACACUGAAAGACACCGGAAUGGUCUCAUGAUGGUGAAUUGUUUCCAGAUCUUGAUUUAAGAUAGGUGAGUAGCUCUCUGGGAGAGGAGAUUGUAGGUCUGAUCAGUAGAAGGUGGUACAGCUCUGAAUUUGAGUAAUAUCUGUUCUCCUGAGGAGAAGGUUUUUUGUAUUAAUAGCUUUAGGAACUCUGACACUGAUGCACUCUCUUUCUUACACCUUUUGGCUGCUACAAGUAGUACUAGAGGUGAGUCCCCUGUCUAGCAUCAGAGACUGGUGCUAAAAGGGGGCUCACUACAUUGUAGUGUGAGAUUUGUUGCCAAAAAAUGGAAGGCAUUUACUCAUGCUUAGAUUCACUUAGAUUUAUCCUAUGACCCUGAGCCUUAACUAUGAAGCAUUCCAUAGCUACAUUCAAUUGUACAGCUCAUGAAACAUGGAAAAACAAGUAGAAAACUCACAAACCAUGUCUGUCCCACCAGAUGUUUUGAAAAUUAAAAUGCAUGCUAUUAUUGUUUAUUUUUGUAGGAGUUUAUUAUUUCACACUUUUAAAAAUACAGUCAUAAAUGUUACUAAAUAUUUGAAGUGUUUCAGAUAAAGUAGGUAACUUCAUGAGUAUUCAGGCUUUUAAUUUGUAUGUAGUGAUUUAAAUUUGUUUUACUAUUUUUGUCUAAUGUUUUCUGAUCAGAUAUGAAAAAUAAAUCAAUGUCUUACAUUGCCCUUAGUUUCUUAAGCAAAUUAUGGUUAUCCUACAAGGUGUACUGCUAACUUCAGCUGAAGAAAUAAGUUACCUCCAGGAAUAUAUUUCUUCAAUCCCUUCCUUGCGAGGAGCGUAUCUGUACCAGUGCUUGCAGAGAAGUGCUGACUCAAUGUGGCCAAACAAAGGCUAUUCCUGGUUGUGAAACUCAGAGCUAUGUUAACAUAGCACUGACUUAAAGCUAGUAAGUCCUCCAGGAAGAAUGUGUAUAGUUAUACUGCAAAGGUAGGUUCUAGACAGGAACUGGCACACAUGUCCAGUGAACUGGGUCAGAUACACGCAUCCUGGAGGUACACACAUAGCUGGUUUACUAUAGGUAGCCCUAACAUCACAGAAAACCAAAAUGGUUUAGUUGAUAAUAAAUAGAAUAAAGAUGAAACCUAUUAAGUAUUCAGUUUCACAUGAUUAUGGCCAAAACCAUCAGAUUUGCACCUCUGAUUUGAAAUUUAAAACCUAAAAGGUUUUUUAGCAUUAUUUUCAGCUUUGUUUAGUGGAAUUUUUAUCAGAUUAUGGCAUUAACAUAAAAUGAGAGCUUUGGUGAGAUGUACUUCAGCAGUCAAGUUGCCACUGCUUGUAAUAAGAAAAUGGAGGUAAUCUCAAUUUCUCAAGAUAAGAUUAAUAAUUAUUACUGAAUCUGUUCAUACUGAGAAGUCAUCCUUCUUAUCACUUGCCUCUUAACUAUGUGAAUGUUAAAAUAUUUUUAUAGAUCUGUAUGUUACACAUCUCUAAAUUGUGGCUGUUGGAGCCAUACCUGUACUUAUGAAGCAAUUCACAAGUACCAAAUAUUUUUUUUUUUUUAAUGGAUUUUAGUACUUCAUUGAAAAUAUGAUACCAUAUGUUUACCCAUGAAAGUGAUUUUUUUUCCCUGGAGCUCAGCUGCAUAGCCUUAAGAAACAAUUCAGCAAAGGCUAACAGUGGUGCUGUUCUCUCUGUUUUGUUUUGCUUUUGCUGCAAUGUAUCAGUGACUUUCAUAUGGACUAGUAAUAAAGGCUGGAGUUUUGAUAUAUGUGAUAACUUAGCUUCAUAUUGCACGUGUGCCUUGUGGAAAUACUUUUCAAAUAGCUAUUUUUUAAAUCCGAGCUGGUGUUUACACCUUUUAUCUAAUAGAAAAAUAAAUAGAUAAAAGAAAUCUUUGUAUCAGUGAAGUCAGUGGCAAAAAUCAUGAUGACAGCACUGUAAUUUAUUGCUUCAGUAUGCUAGCAAUUUUCCACAGCCCUAAGAAUAAUAUUGUCUCCUGUAAAUAUAUUUAAAGAAAGUACUUUUCAGUAAGCAUCUUUUGAAAUAAGUUAUGUGAUGCCAGUUGGAAUUCAUGCAACUUCAUGAAGUGCUUUUAAAAUUGUGUUUAAAGUAGGCACAUAGUUUGGCAUUUGGGCUGUGCUGUUGCCUGUCUGUAUACUUUAACAUAUUUAAAGUGCUCUGAAUGUUCAGUAUUUGGGUUUAACCUAAAAUUGUGUAAGAUACAUAAGUAGACUUCAAGAUCGCUGUUUCUCUGGCAGUUUUUACAGUGUCUGCCUGGAAAUGAGCAAAGUUUUUCUACAACAUUUGUCAUUUGUUGAAAGAUUUAUAUUUAACUUGAUUUUGUCAAGUUACUGAUGUAAAAUUACUUUCUUUAUAAACCCAAAAUGAAUCUAAAUUUAACAUUCAGUGCUUUGGAAUUGUUUGCAAACUUCAUCCUGAUACUCAAGAGUUGGAACACUGAGACGUCACAGAGAAAUAAGAGUAAAGAUUUAAAUGGACAUUUGGGAAGUUUCUUUUCCUCAAAUUUUUAAAUAAAGUAUGUGUUUUCCUGGAUUUGAAGUGAUUUUGAAAUGAAUGCUGUGUGGAGAAUGAAGCAAGUAAAGAGGGCUCCCCAGAAAGUGGAGAAUUCUUGGAAUUCAGAGCUACGGGAGAGAUGAUUCUGGAUAGAAAUGUACAUUUUGGUUAUAUGAAAAACCCUUUAUUAUGUCAGCCUAAAUGCUACUUGGCAAUAAAAUAUAUUAUUUUAA